GUGACAGCGCUCCCCGCCCCUGCCGGGCCCAGCGGCCGCCGUGAUUGACGCCGGCCCCGGGCCGACAGCGCUGGGCAGCGCUAGGGAGGGACGGCGGCGUUGUCGUUUUCGGCCGCUGUUCCGCCCGUAAAAGCCGAAGGGUUGUUAAGUUUUAACACUCUCGAUUUGGGUGAAGUUUCCUCAGAACGUCGUGACAGCUUGUUUGUGCUGCUGAAAUAAUGUAGAGGAAAUGAUAGCCGAGCCCAACGCAGCCAGUAACCUUCCCAGCCAAAAAGAGAAUGCUGUCCAUGAUGAGACUGUGCCUGAGUCUCCUGCUCAGAAUGGCACCUGUGUGAGAAAUGGCAACCUGAAAAGACCAAGAGAGAAGCGGAAGGUCCGAGAGCAGUGUGAAAACAUAAGAAGGAAUUCUACUGCUAGCAGAAGAGUGAGCCAGCUGCAGAAUGGAGAAGUGGUGGAGGCAGUUACCUUGUUCGAAGUGGUUAGCAUGGGGAAGCAGGCCAUGCAGUCUGUAGUAGUUGACUGGGUUGAAGCUUAUAAACAAGACAGGAAUGUGGCACUUCUGGAUCUCAUCAACUUCUUCAUUCAGUGCUCAGGCUGUCAAGGCAUGGUAACAGCAGAGAUGUUUCAAAGUUUGUACAAAAAAGAUGUCAUGCAAAAAAUGACAGAGACCUUUGAUAAGGAAACUGGGUUGCAGUAUAAGAAAUUCAUGGCCUAUCCUUGGAUCCUGACAGUUACUUGGCCAGUGGACAUGAACAAUGAAGAUUACCCUCUGAUCAGAACAGGACCCUAUUGGAAGAAGUUCAAGGCCAAUUUCUGUGAAUUCAUUGCAGUGCUGGUCCAGCAGUGCCAGUGCAGCAUCCUGUUUGAUAACUACUUGAUGGACACCAUCAUCUCAUUGCUUACAGGGUUAGCAGAUUCCAUGGUCAGAGCAUUCAGGCACACAAGCACUUUGGCAGCAAUGAAACUUCUGACAGCAGUUGUAAGUGUCCAUCUGAACCUUGAUGUCAACAAGCACAAUGCUCAAAGAUUGUAUGAGGUGGAGAAGAAGAGGCUAAGUGGCAAGAGGAGCAGUUACAGACUUGAUCAGCUAGAGAGAAAAAGGAAAGAGUAUGAGCAUAAGCUUCUAGAGGUACAGAACAUGAUGAAUGAUAUUUUCAAAGGGACGUUUCUAAACCGUUACCGUGAUGUUAUCCCUGAGAUCAGAGCAACUUGCAUUGAAGAAAUUGGCAGCUGGAUUAAAACAUACCCAGAUGCUUUUUUGAAUGAUAGCUACUUAAAAUAUGUUGGAUGGAUGCUCUACGAUAAGCAAGCUGAAGUGCGGUUGAAAUGUCUUCUGGGACUGCAGGGAAUUUAUAGCAGAAAAGAACUUGCUUCCAGGAUGGAUCUCUUUACUAACAGGUUCAAGGAUCGAAUUGUGUCCAUGCCUCUGGACAAGGACCAUGAAGUAGCAGUUCAAGCCAUGAAACUCUUGAUGCUUAUGUCACAGAACUGUGAGGAUGUGUUAUCAGCUGAAGACUGUGAAAUGUUAUACCAGUUUGUUUAUACCACUCACCGUCCGCUUGCAGUAGCAGCUGGGGAAUUCCUUUAUAAAAGGCUGCUUAGUCGUGAGGGAGAUAAAAUUCAGCCCAAAGGAGGAGGAAAGUUUGGGGCGAGCACUGACCAAUUGAAAAGAUUAAUACACUUUUUCCUGGAGAGUGAGCUACACAAACAUGUUGCAUACCUAGUAGACAGCUUGUGGGACUGGGCAGGCAAAUUCCUGAAGGACUGGGAGUGCAUGACCACUCUUCUAUUAAAAAAUGCUGAAGAAGCUGGAGAAGCACUGAGCGAUGCCCAGGAAAGUGCUCUCAUCGAAAUCAUCCUUGCAACAGUCAGAGAAGCAGCUGAAGGUCAUCCUCCAGUGGGCAGAGGUGCAGCCAAAAAAAUUUUGUCAAUAAAAGAGAAGAAAAUCCAAUUGGAAGAUUGUACCAAAAUUACUGAGCACUUUAUUAUGGUGCUUCCUCAGCUCUUGGCAAAGUAUUCAACAGAUGCACAAAAAGUGACAAAUCUUCUGCAGAUUCCUCAGUAUUACAAUUUAGAUGUUUACAGUACUGGACAUCUAGAGAAGCAUUUGGAUGCUUUGCUGAGAGAGAUAAAAGACAUUGUGGCCAAACACUCCGACAUGUCUGUCCUUGAGGCCUCCUCCAGGACUUACUAUAUCCUCUGCCGUGAAGAAAUUGCCAUCCAUAGCCAGGUGGAUUGUGCUCGAAUUCAAAUGAUAGAUGAGUUGAUGAAACAGCUUAACCAGCUACUAGAUUGCUUCUGGCAAAAGGAAGGAGGAUUUUGUACGGAUGCAGGAGAAAUUUCCCGGAUGCACUCAGCUUUGAGAAGAGUAGCGGCUUUUCAUAAUGCCCAUGAUCUCACCAAGUGGAAUCUGUAUGACAAGACUUUAAGGUUCCUGGUGUUUGAAACAGAACACAGCAGUUUGCCUGUUCUGAUUAUCCUACCAGCUCUCCAGUGCACAUAUUUUUCUCUCCUGUGGCAACUAGCUGCAGUUUCAGAAAAUUCUCCCAAGGAGACUCUUUUUCCUCUAAGAAGGCGGCUGAGACAUUUCAGUCAGAUUUGCACAUGCUUUCUCCACCAUAAGGAAAAAGAUGUAAGAGAAAAGGCCUUCAUGAUACUCUGUGACUGGUUGCUGAUUUUGGGUCACCUGGAUUCAAAUAAUAAUGAAGAAGCAGUUGGACUUCUAGGUUAUCUUCCUAACACACAACUUCAGGAAAAACUGUUUUCAUUUAUCCAGGAACACGUUUUCAUGGAUGGAGAAGAGGAAAAAAAAGAUCUGACAGAAGAGGGAAAGGAUGAAGCUUGCAAACUUGAUGACUUGCACAAAAAGCGGAGUCUUCUGGCUGCAUAUUGCAAGUUAAUAGUGUAUAACGUGGUAGAGAUGACUGCAGCUGCUGAGAUCUAUAAGUAUUAUGUGAAGACCUACAGUGAUUUUGGAGACAUAAUUAAAGAAACAUUAAGCAAGACGAGGUACAAUGACAAAAUUCAGAGUGCCAAGACGCUGAUUCUCUGUCUGCAGCAGCUGUUUCAGACACAUGCAGAAAGCCAAGACAGCAGUAAUGGUGUGGACUUCUCCUCUCCUUCCUUUGCAAACAUCAAAGAACUUGCUCGUCGCUUUUCACUAACAUUUGGUUGGGACCAAGUGAAAUCUAGAGAAUCUAUAGCCAUGAUACACAAGGAAGGGAUUGAAUUUGCUUUUCAAGGAGCUACUGGAGUAGAUGGAAAAUGCUUGCCUCCUAACUUGAGCUUUCUGUUAAUCAUCAGUGAAUUUUCCAACAAGCUGCUAAAGCCAGACAAAAGACUAGUGACUAUAUUAAACCUCAUGAUCAGAGGAUAUGUUCUGGAAGUAUAUUCCUGAAUGUAUCAGAUACAUUUGAUGCAUUCAGGUAGGUUUAUUCAUGGAAAACUUUUGUGGAAAAUAACAGAAUUUAGCAGGGAAAGCACUUGACUUCUUACUGCUUUGGGCCUUCCCUCUGCUGCUGGGAACAAAUGGGAAACAAUAAAAUUUGCUAGAAGGGAAAUUGCAAUUUAUCCACAAGUAUGUUCGUACUAUGUUUCUAGAAUAACAGUUUCUAUUCUGGGAGGCCUUAAGUGCCUUGCAGAGGCUGGAGAUUAUAUUUACUCUUAGAAAUAUUUAGGUUUAGCUCCAUCAUAAAUUAUUGGAUGGAAUGUUUUAGGUCAACAUGAACUUUGAGAAACAAACAUCUGGUUAUUUUCAUUUUUCUUAUUAAUCAUGGGAUUGAUGUCCAGGUCUGUAUGUUAACAUAUGUGAAUGUACCUGUAACAGAUGAGAUACAGAAUAUGGGCAUUUGUUAGAAAGGACUAUAUUUCAACACCAUCAAAGUAUAUGGACUUUAACCCUCUUCCCUGUAAUUGCACAGGCUGUAGCAGUAAAAUACCUGGCUUGUCAGUUCCUCUGUGCCACAAAAUGCACACAAGAAAUGAAUUGCUGAAUAGCAAGCAGCAUGAAGGGCCUGAUUCCUGAAUCAGUAGGAGUCUUUCCAUUGACAUUGAUAGCAGUUGGAUUAGACCCUGAAACUGUAGUUACAAUACAUGCUUGUUUGAAACCAACAAAUUCCAUUACCAGGGUUUCUUGAUCCCUGGGGCCCCCAGAGUCCAGGACUCUAAUUGUUUUGGAGCCGGUGCUUACCCUGACCUCCUCUCAGCACUGGUUUUCUUGUUUUGCAAAGCAAAUGAAAUGUCUGAUAUUUUCCAGGCCACUCUCCUAAUCAAAAAAAAAAAAAAGAAAAAGAAAAAAAAAAGAAUAAUAUGUUGCACAGGCUGGUGUUAAAACUGUCACUUCUGGUAUUUGCUAAGGUGGGGUCUGUUUUAACAACACUGGGCUUGAUUUUAAAGUGAUGAACUGUAGCUGAAAUGUGGUGAAUAUCCAGUUUCUAAUCCUGAGUCAGACUUCAGUUUUCUUUUCUUAUUGUUAUUAAGUAGGAAUGGGUCAGAAAGACUUUGUUGGAAAUGUCCUGUUUUUCAAAUAGAGCAUUUGAAGACAGCCUUUUUGCUCCAGGAAAGGUGAUAGCUUCAUCUGGGAUUCAGGAAGGCCCAAUGUCAAAUCUCUGGACUGAAUCAGACAGAACAAGGAUUUGAGAUAAUGUUUCCCACAUUCCCUGUAUUGUCACAACUGUAGAGCAGUUAUCUGCUUCUUGCAGACACUUGGCAUUUUAGUGAGAGGAUUGAGUUUGAGCUGAUAAUAUAGAAAAAUGGUUUAAUUGGUUGUUCUUUUUUUUAAAUUUUGACAGAAUAGAUGUUCAUGGUAUAAAACCCCCAUUGCCUAACCUGUACUGUUUCCUGUACUACUGAAUCACAGGGAACAUCUCUUGCCUGGGAUCUCCUUUGUGUCCAUGAGGUAGAAAAGGCCACCUGAAGAGAUGAAUCCUCACAGAAUUUCUGCUCUGUUCCGGUUGCUACUGGCGGCAGCAAUUGGCAGACUUUCCCUGCACAGGAAACUCUUUAUAUAAGCUGAUGUAGUUUUGUAAUUUCUGUGGAUCUUGUGUUGUUUCUAAUGCUGAAAAUUCAAGCACUCUUUUAGCUUUGAAGAUAUUUGCAUUUUAAAUAGAGACUUCAGAGAUGUGAGGUAUUUAACAGAAAAAUAGUGUCCUCUCUUCAACAGUUCUGUUUGCACCUUUGGAGAGUAAAGUGAAAACCCUUUCUUGGAAUACCUGCCCCAGACAUUGAAUGGAAGGAUAGUGAGUUUC